CCUUCCAUACUGGGGGAUUGAAAGACACAGUAGUGGAGUUCGUUCCUGCUGCCGGCACUGGCAACGGAUUUUCUUUUAUGAAUUACACCUCAGGCGAUCUCCUUUAUGCAAUGGAAAGAGCAAUACGAGUCUUUGACGACAAGGAGAAGUACACCUUGCUGCGGCAGCUAGCUCGCCAGUCGGUUGUUAGCUGCGAGUGCAGCAGCUGGGCCUGGCUCUGUGAAUUCGCUCGCCUUAGAAACAAAAUCCCUAUCAACGAAAACAAGGUGCAGCAAAUCUAUGAGUCGCUCCCAGAGUGGUCGGAGGGGGCCUGGCGCCGUAGGAAAGAUCAGCUAGCUGCAGCAGCAACAGGCAUUCCUUGUCCUGCUGCUAGCAGCUGGGGAAGCCUCCAGGAGAAAGAGCAGCAGCAGCAGCAGCAACAGCAGCAGCAGCAGCUGCAGCUGCUGCAGCAGCAAGCCGAAGCAGCAGCAGAAUUCUGGGCGCUGCCGGCAUCAGCAGCUAGCAAAGGCCGCUCAAAGAAGAAGCUGCGUAUAUAUACCAGCAGCAGCAGCAGCAGCAGCAGCACCAGCACCAGCAGCAGCGGAGACGAACCUACUACUGCCCGCAGCCGCACCAGCAGCAGCAGCAGCAGCAGCAGCAGCAGCGCGGAGAAGGCAGCUAGCCACGCCAGCAGAACAAAAAAGCUGCUCCCCAGUGUAAUUCGAUAUAUACCCCCUCAAGCAAAGCCGAGACCCCGCUCUGUCGCCGUGGCUGGGAGCUUCGACGACUGGCGCGUACGGCGGCCUUUGACUUGGGAUAAUGCAGUCCAGGCCUUCUCUAUCUCUCUAGCGCUACCUCCUGGAGAGUACACGUAUAAGCUCGUAGUUGACGGUGAGUGGGUUUGCUGUCACGGCUCGCCAACAGCGCGGGAUGCUGGGGGCAAUGAAAACAACAUUCUUCGAGUAGAGUAG